GCAGCAAAUUGACAUGACAAACAUUACUUUACAAAAAAUACAACUCAAGGCAGCGACACAUUCUACUUAAACAACCAACUGCAGUGUUGAAUCCUUUGAUUUUGGUCGACGAACUAUUAGCCCGCUUAACAUCUCACUGCUAGCAAAGUUAGCUUUAACGUCGCAAGCAGGAAGUCCAAUCCGAGUCUGCGCGGUCACAGCGAGCUAUGACAAGAGGCACCAAGAUGAGAACCUGAUCAGGCAAAACAACCUGUUGAUUAAAAAACAUAUAAUUUUAACCUGUCAAGAAAUGAGAGCCGUUCUUGUAUGGAAAGAAACAACACGUCAACACUGUGUUUAUGACCUUGCAUUCAAACCAGAUGGCAGCCAGCUAAUUGUUGCAGCAGGCCUUCAUGUCCUGGUCUAUGAUACCUCAGAUGGAACUAUUAUUCAGCCUUUAAAAGGACAUAAAGAUGUAGUCUACUGUGUAGCCUAUGCCAAGGAUGGUAAAAGAUUUGCCUCUGGCUCUGCAGACAAAAGCAUUAUCAUUUGGACAUCUAAAUUGGAGGGUAUUUUAAAGUACACACACUAUGACUCUAUCCAAUGUGUUGCCUACAACCCAGUGACUCACCAACUUGCAUCCUGUUCCUCCGGUGACUUUGGUCUGUGGUCACCAGAGCAAAAGUCAGUGAAUAAGCACAAAGUGAGCAGCAAAAUAACAUGUUGUGGGUGGACAAAUGAUGGGCAGUACCUUGCCCUUGGUAUGAUGAAUGGAGUGGUGAGCAUUCGCAACAAGAAUGGCGAGGAGAAAGUCAAGAUCGACCGUUCAGGCAACUCCUCCAGUCCAAUCUGGUCCAUAGCUUGGAACCCCUCCAAGGAUGAGCAACAUGACAUUCUGGCCGUUGCCGACUGGGGUCAGAAGCUUUCCUUCUAUCAACUCAGUGGAAAGCAGAUUGGAAAGGACAGGAGUCUCAGUUAUGACCCGUGUUGCGUCAGUUACUUUUCUAAGGGCGAGUACAUAGUCAUGGGUGGCGCUGACAAACAGGCCUCCCUCUACACCAAAGAUGGUGUGCGACUGGGUGUCAUUGGAGAGCAGAAUUCCAGGGUGUGCACGUGCCGUGUCAAGCCUGACUCCAACUUUGUGGUGAUGGGCUGCCAAGAUGGGACAAUCGCCUGCUACCAGCUCAACUUCAGUACAGUUCAUGGCCUCUACAAGGAUCGCUAUGCCUACAGAGACAACAUGACUGAUGUCAUUGUCCAGCACCUCAUCACUGAAGGAAAAGUGAGGAUUAAGUGUGGUGAGCUGGUGAAGAAAAUCGCCAUCUACAAAAACCGUCUUGCCAUCCAGCUGCCAGAGAAGAUAAUAAUCUAUGAGCUUUUCUCAGAAGACUCCUCCGACAUGCGCUACCGCAUCAAAGAGAAGAUUUGCAAGAAAUUUGAUUGCAACUUGCUAGUGGUCUGCUCCAAUCACAUCGUCCUUUGCCAGGAGAAGAGACUUCAGUGUCUGUCCUUCUCCAGUGUCAAAGAGAAAGAAUGGGUGAUGGAGUCUCUAAUUCGCUACAUCAAAGUGAUCGGUGGACCACCAGGCAGAGAAGGCCUCCUGGUGGGGUUAAAAAACGGAGCUAUCUUAAAGAUUUUUGUAGACAACCCAUUUCCCAUUACACUGCUGAAGUUGUCAACAUCUGUGAGAUGUCUGGAUAUGAGUGCCUCGCGAAAAAAACUGGCUGUGGUGGACGAGCACAAUACCCUUCUGGUCUACGACAUUAACAGCAAAGAACUGCUUUUUCAGGAGCCUAAUGCUAACAGUGUAGCCUGGAAUACUCAGUGUGAGGUCAUGCUGUGCUUCUCUGGCAACGGCUACCUUAACAUCAAGGCUAGUAACUUCCCUGUACACCAGCAGAAGAUGCAAGGUUUCAUGGUCGGCUUCAAUGGCUCCAAAAUCUUCUGUCUCCACGUCUAUUCCAUGUCUGCUGUGGAGGUACCUCAGUCAGCACCCAUGUACCAGUAUCUGGAGAGGAAGAUGUUUAAAGAGGCCCACCAGAUCGCCUGUUUAGGUGUAACAGACAGCGAUUGGAGGGAUUUGGCUACAGAAGCUCUAGAGGGUCUUGAUUUUGACAUUGCCAAGAAGGCCUUUAUUAGAAUACAAGACCUGCGCUACCUUGAGCUCAUUAAUAGUAUUGAGGCCAGGAAGAAACGGGGAGAAAAUGACAACGACUUGUUCCUGGCAGACAUCUACGCCUACCAAGGGAAAUUCCACGAGGCAGCCAAGCUCUACAAGCGUACCGGCCAGGAACCCAAGGCCUUGAGCAUGUACACUGAUCUGCGCAUGUUUGAGUAUGCAAAGGACUAUGUUGGCGCAGCAGACCCUAAGACUUCUCGAAUCCUGAUGGCCAAGCAGGCAGACUGGGCCAAGUGCAGCAAGGAGCCCCAGGCGGCAGCUGAGAUGUACAUUUCAGCCGGAGAGAAUCUCAAAGCCAUUGACGUUUUAGGGGAGCAUGGCUGGGGAGACAUGCUGAUAGACUUGGCUCGUAAGCUGGACAAGGCUGAACGAGAACCACUGGCGAAAUGCGCUUUCUAUUUUAAGAAGCUGAAGCACCACGGCUAUGCCUCUGAGAUUUAUUCCAAGAUGGGGGACUUGCAGGCCCUGGUGCAGCUGCAUGUGGAAACCCAGCAUUGGGAAGAGGCCUUCUCACUGGCAGAGAAGCAUCCCCAGUUUAAAAAUGACGUCUUUGUGCCUUAUGCUCAGUGGCUGGCUGAGAAUGACCGCUUUGAGGAGGCGCAAAAAGCAUUUCACAAGGCCGGGCGACAGAAUGAAGCUGUCAGAGUCUUGGAGCAGCUUACUCAGAACGCAGUGGUGGAGAGGAGGUUCGAUGACGCAGGCUAUUAUUACUGGAUGCUCUCGAUGCAGUGUCUUGACAUUGCCAGAGAAAAUGAAGCUCAGCGAGAUGAAAUGCUGAAAAAGUUUGAACAUUUUCAAAGUCUUGCAGAGCUCUACCACGUCUAUCACCCCAUUCAGCGCUACACGGAUGAGCCCUUCAGUUCCCUCAUGCCAGAGACGCUGUUCAACAUCUGUAGGUUCCUCCUGAGCAACCUCCCCAAGGACAACCCACCACCAGGCAUUUUUAAAGUUAAUACCUUGUACGCUCUAGCCAAGCAAAGUAGAAAACUUGGUGCUUAUAAACUGGCCAGACUUUGCUACGAGAAGCUCCAGAAGUUGUACAUUCCCUCUCGGUUUCAGGAGUCCGUAGAACUGGACAGCCUCACUAUCCGGGCCAAACCAUUCCACGACAGUGAGGAGCUGACUGAAGCCUUGAUGUGUUACCGCUGCUCCAACAAGCCCCUGCUGAACAACCAGGGGACGGCGUGCCUCAACUGCAAGCAGCCUUUCAUUUAUUCAGCCUCAUCCUAUGAGGUGUUGCCCCUAGUGCAGUUCUACUUGGAAGAGGGCAUCAGUGACGAGGAGGCUGUGUCUCUUAUUGACCUAGAAGUUCCUCACACAGAGCAAACGGAUGACCGCUGGCAGCAUAUGGACAAUGAUAUGCAAGUUUUAAAGAUGGAUGAUGGCUUGGAGGAUCCAGUGGAAGACCCUUUCACACCCAAAAUGAUCUUUGAGCAGGGUGGCUCGCACUUUGUCCCCGUCAAGGUGAAUCACUCUGUGCUGCGCUUCAUGAGCAGGAGGGAUGUCCUGAUCAAACGCUGGCCCGCGCCACUCAAAUGGGAAUACUUCCGCUCCCUGCUUCCUGACGUGAGCAUCACCAUGUGUCCCACCUGCUUCAAGAUGUUCCACAGUGAAGACUAUGAACUGCUUGUGCUUCAGCACAACUGCUGUCCCUUCUGUCGAAGACCCAUAGAUGAACCAAACUGAUCCACUUGACGACAUCAGUUGUUCUUCACAGUCACUGCAGUGUCUGCAGAUUUGUAUUUAUUGUCUCAGUAUGGUACAUAUUAUUCCUUCACAUUUAUGAAGGAUCAGUAACUGUAGAUUACUCCACAUUUUGUGGCGUACACAAUUAGCCAGUCAACCCUACCGGAUCACGGGAUCAGAUGAAUUACGUCACUUUUUAACGGGAAUGUAAAUGGAUGUCACAUUUUUGUAAGACAAGAACAAUAUUUUUGAGCUAUCAACAUACAUUUAUGUAUUUGUGUGUUUUUAAUCAUCAGAUUUAUCAGUGGAACCUGCAUUCCUCAGGUUUCUAUUCUAGAGCUGUAGCAUAUGUUUCAUAAUAGUUUGUCUGUUAUUUAGUCAUGAGAACAUAUUUUUAUAUUAUUGUGAUAUUGUUAUAUUUAUAUUGUUACCAUUAAACACU